AUGAUGAAUUGUGAACUUCUAGCUACCUGUAGUGCCCUUGGGUACUUGGAAGGAGACACUUACCACAAGGAACCAGAUUGUUUAGAAAGUGUGAAGGAUUUGAUUCGCUACUUGAGACAUGAGGACGAGACUCGGGAUAUUCGUCAGCAGCUGGGGGCAGCUCAAAUCCUGCAGCGUGACCUUCUGCCGAUCCUUACCCAACAUCGCCAGGACAAGACCCUCUUUGACGCUGUUAUCAGGCUGAUGGUAAACCUGACACAGCCAGCCUUGCUCUGCUUUGGCAGUGUGCCCAAGGAGCCCAGCUUCCGGCACCAUUUUCUGCAGGUGCUAGCUUAUCUACAGGCCUACAAAGAGGCUUUUGCAAGUGAAAAGGCUUUUGGGGUCCUCAGUGAAACCUUGUAUGAACUACUGCAGCUGGGCUGGGAGGAACGGCAGGAAGAAGACAACUUGCUGAUUGAGCGGAUCCUGCUUCUGGUCAGAAAUAUUCUUCAUGUCCCAGCUGAUCCUGAUCAUGAGAAAAGCAUCGAUGAUGACGCCAGUGUCCAUGACCGGCUUCUCUGGGCAAUUCACCUCAGUGGACUGGACGACCUGCUUCUCUUCCUGGCCAGCUCACCUGCUGAGCAGCAGUGGAGCUUACACGUGCUGGAGAUCAUCUCCCUUAUGUUCCGUGACCAGAACCCUCAGCAGCUGGCAGGAGUAGGACAAGGAUGCUUAGCUCAAGAGCGGAGCACAGAUGUAGCUGAACUGGAAAUGUUGCGCCAGCGAGAAAUGGCAGAAAAGAAGACUCGAGCCCUCCAGCGAAGCAACAGGCAUUCUCGAUUUGGCGGCUCCUACAUUGUCCAAGGACUAAAAUCCAUUGGAGAGAGGGAUGUCAUCUUCCACAAAGGUCUUCACAAUCUCCAAAACUAUAGUUCAGAUAUGGGGAAGCAGCGGCGAAGGGUGCCUAAACGUUGUCAGCCUGCCCGGGAGCUGUCCACUCAGCGCCGCUCUGCCCUGAAUGUGCGACUCUUCCUCAGAGAUUUCUGCUCUGAGUUUCUGGAGAACUGUUACAACCGGCUCAUGGGUUCCGUGAAGGAUCACCUGCUUCGGGAGAAAGCUCAGCAGCAUGAUGAGACCUACUACAUGUGGGCCUUGGCUUUCUUCAUGGCCUUCAACCGAGCGGCCACCUUCCGGCCAGGCCUGGUUUCCGAGACCCUCAGUGUCCGUACCUUCCACUUCAUUGAGCAGAACCUCACCAACUACUAUGAAAUGAUGCUAACUGACCGCAAGGAAGCUGCCUCCUGGGCACGCCGGAUGCACUUGGCUCUGAAGGCCUAUCAGGAGUUGCUAGCCACAGUGAAUGAGAUGGACAUGUCGCCACAAGAAGCUGUCAGGGAGAGCAGUCGCAUCAUCAAGAACAACAUUUUCUAUGUGAUGGAAUACCGAGAACUAUUCCUAGCACUCUUCCGAAAGUUUGAUGAGAGAUGGCAGCCCCGCUCCUUCCUUCGGGACCUGGUAGAAACAACUCACCUUUUCCUCAAAAUGUUGGAGCGAUUUUGUCAGAGCCGUGGAAACCUGAUGGUGCAGAACAAACGAAAGAAGAGAAGGAAGAAGAAGGUCCUACACCAGCCUGCUGCUUCUGACAGUGUCCCCUGUAGUCAUGAGGAGCUUGAGGGUAUGUGGCCAGCCCUGGCCGAGCAGCUGCAGUGCUGUGCACGGGCUCCUGAACUCAGCUUGGACUCCGUAGUUCCCUUUGAUGCAGCCUCGGAGGUACCAGUGGAAGAGCAACGGGCAGAAGCCAUGGUGCGGAUCCAAGACUGUCUCCUGGCUGGCCAGGCCCCUCAGGCUCUGAGCCUCCUGAGGUCUGCCAGGGAGGUGUGGCCAGAAGGAGAUGUGUUUGGCUCUCAGGACAUUUCCCCAGAUGAAGAAAUCCAGCUGCUGAAACAAAUCCUUUCUGCUCCUCUUCCCCGGCUGCAGAGGCCAGAGGAACAAGGAGCAGAGGAGGAAGAAGAAGAGGAAGAAGAAGUGGAAGAGGAAGAGUUGCAAGUGGUCCAGGUGUCGGAGAAAGAAUUUAACUUUCUGGACUACCUGAGACGCUUUGCAUGCUCAACUGUGGUCCGAUCCUACGUGCUGCUGCUGCGGAGCUACAAGCAGAAUAGUGUCCACACUAAUCACUGUCUUGUCAAGAUGUUGCAUCGACUGGCCUGUGACCUCAAAAUGGAAGCCUUGCUUUUCCAGCUUUCACUCUUCUGCCUCUUCAAUCGUCUGCUUAGUGACCCUGCUGCUGGGGCCUACAAAGAGCUAGUGACUUUUGCCAAAUACAUCUUGGCCAAAUUCUUUGCAUUGACUGCAGUCAACCAGAAAGCCUUUGUGGAGCUGCUGUUCUGGAAGAACACAGCUGUGAUUCGAGAGAUGACGGAGGGCUAUGGCUCUCUGGAAAGUGGGUCUUCCAGUAGAAGACUCCCCGUGUGGAGCCCAGAGGAAGACACCCAGCUACGAGAACUGUACCUUGCCCAUAAGGAUGUAGAAGGUCAGGAUGUAGUGGAUGUCAUCCUGGCACACCUGACUAUGGCUCCUCGCACACGAAAGCAGAUCAUUCACCAUCUGGUACAGCUGGGACUGGCAGACAGUGUCAAGGACUUCCAAAGGAAAGGUAUCAAUAUUGUUGUGUGGACAGAAGAUCAGGAGCUAGAACUGCGACGGCUUUUUGAGGAGUUCCAGGAUUCAGAUGAUGUCAUGGGUCAUAUCAUGAAGAACAUCACAGCCAAGCGCUCACGGGGCCGAAUAGUGGAAAAACUGAUGGCCAUGGGGCUGGUGACUGAACGGCGGGAGCUCUACAAGAAACGCCGGAAGAAACUGGCAUCCUCCAGCAUGCUCAAUGGAGAGGACUCUCUGAAAGAUUUUUACCAGGAAGAUAAGGAAGAAGAGGAGAACUUACCAGAGGAAGAGAGUGAAGAGGAGGAGGAAGAGAAGGUCUGGGAAGCUCAUGAAAUCCAUGGUAGUUCAGUCCUCUCAAGUGAAAGCCUUGGACUGAAUCUCUAUCAAGAAGGCUUCUCUGCUCCCAUCCUAUGGCUCCAGACCUGCUUGAUUCGAGCAGCAGCUGAUCGGGAAGAGGAUGGCUGUUCCCAGUCAAUUCCAUUGGUGCCAUUGACGGAAGAAAAUGAGGAAGCAAUGGAAAAUGAACAGUUUCAGCAGCUGUUGUGCAAACUAGGGAUUCAGCCGCCUGUUUUGGGCCAGGAAACUUUCUGGCGAAUUCCAGCCAAGCUAAGUCCUGCUUGUCUCCGGAGAGUAGCAGCUUCUUUGAAUCAGCGAGAGGAGGAGGAAAAACUGCAACCAGAACUAAAACUUGAAGUUUCUGAAGAGCAAGGACAUGAUGAAGAGCACCAAGCACAGGCCCUGAGGGCCCUCAUGUUAGCUCGGAAAAAGAAAGCAGACCUGGUGUCCCCAGGAGAGGAAGGGGGUACUGGUGAGAAGGAGCAGCUGAAGGCAGCCCGCAAGAAACGACAACUGCUGGACAGUGAUGAGGAGGAUGAGGGUAGGAACAAAGCACCAGAAUUGGAAGUUCCAGGAGUCAAAAAGAAGAAACGGUUUCAAAUAGAGGAUGAAGAUGAGAAUGACUGA